UCUACGCCCUAUCAUCUUAAACUUUGCGUGUGUGACUCCAUGGAACAUUAUUUUUAUUUCAAUCUAAUUAUAGAGUAAAUUUAAUUUACCUCAUCCCAAAGUUAGUCGAGAUAGAGAGCGUGGAUACAGUGACGGUUUAGUAGAGAAUAAAGAUCGCAAAAACAUGUGUUUUGAUGUGAACAUUGCGUGAACACUGAUGACACUAGCAGAAGAUACAUGUCAACAAUUUGUAAUUAUUUUACUUAGGGGCUGUAGGUUUUGUGUUUUUUCGUAACAAUAAUUCCUGUGAUUAUUUAAACGUGAAGCUUGGUUGUGAGAAGGGUGACGGCGCUGUUGGAUUUGGUGGCGAUAGGCAGAUCUAACUUCCGGCAGUAAUGUGGGGCCGGUAGAAUAGUAGCUGACUGUUUUAUCCAGCUCCGAUAUGGCGAACCCUGCGAUUGGAAUCUCCUUCGAUCCAAAUGAUAUGUCCAGUUGGUACUUCGGCGGCCUUUCCCGAGCGGAGGCGACGAAGUUACUUCUGAAUGAAACAGAGAGCGGCGUCUUCCUCGUGCGUGACUCCAAGACAAUACACGGAGACUAUGUACUCUGUGUUAGGGAAGACGACCGUGUUUCGCACUAUAUAAUCAACCACGUGGUUUCGGCGGACGGCAGCACGCGGUUCCGUAUCGGAGACCAGCUGUUCGCGGAUAUGCCGGCGUUGUUGGCAUUCUACCGGCUGCAUUACCUGGACACGACGCCUCUAGUGCGCCCACUGCCGCAGGCCCGCGCACGCGCCGCUGCUCCACCCCCGCCGCAGCCGCACACCGUCCUAGAACUUGUCAUCGCCAAGUUUGAUUUCGUCGGCAGUGAUGCUGACGACUUGCCGUUCAGACGCGGAGAGCGGCUGAUGGUGAUCAACAGGGAUGAGGAGCAGUGGUGGACGGCGCGCAAUGCGCACGGCCGCACAGGCUCCAUACCAGUGCCUUAUGUGCAGAGGAUCUUAGAUCCUUCAGGUGCGCCAUAUCCGCCUUCGGAGGCGCUCAGCCAGCUCGGUGACCCGCCCAGCCCGCCUGGCAACAGACAUCCGCAGCAACGCACUAAUAUGCAGCGCACUUUGCCGGCGCUGGCUCGUGUGAGACAGACUCGUGUACCAAAUGCCUAUGACAAGACUGCACUCAAACUGGAGGAGGGCGAUAUUGUAAAGGUAACCAAAAUGAACAUAAAUGGACAAUGGGAGGGUGAAUUGAAUGGCAAGAUCGGCCAUUUUCCUUUCACAUAUGUCGAGUUUCUGGACGACAACACUGCCAGCUAAGGAAAAGUAAUUGCAAUAAUAUAUCAAACGAUAUGUUUGUGAUAGGCUUUGCAGUGAUAAUGGCAACAUUUUUUUUAAUCUGUCAUCCGAACUGACAGCUUGAUCUGUGCAAUUUGACAUUUGAACGCUGUUUAAUCUAUGACAGGUGUGUUAAUCUGUGGAUGUGUCAUUUUGACAGUUUGCCCACCGAUCGCUUGGGCUAUGUUAUAUUAAUGCUGUUUUAUUGCUUGUACUUUGGUAAAUCAUUUUUUUUUUAUGUAUUAUAUUAUACGAUGGAUCCUCGUAGGUUAUAA